AUGGACGAUACUCGAGAUGAAUUUAUUUGUGUUUGGCUUGAUAGUAGUGUCGAUUCAACGGAAGAGAAUAGAAAUAUUCAAAAGAAACUUCGCCAGAUUAUAGAAAAUCUACGCAUGUUUGAAAAUGCGGACAUUUGUGAGAAAUAUCUUCGCAAAACAACAAAAGAAAGUCUCAUUCUGAUCGUUUCUGGUACAUUUGGCCGACAAAUUCUUCCAUCAGUUCACAAUCUGCCACAAUUGAUUUCGUUUUAUGUCUUUUGUCAAGAUAAAAAAGGAAACGAACAAUGGGCAAAGAAAUAUUCCAAGCUCAGUUGUGUUUGCACAACCUACGUCGAAUUGAUCAACUGUGUUUCAAAAGAUCAUAGUGCUCGAACAGGAACAGAAGACAACCCAUUAAUAUCGGUAAUAAGUUCAACUUCUGACAAUUUAGAAGCUCGAAAUGCCACUUUCAUGUGGUUUCAACUCUUCAUUGAAGUUCUUCUGCGAAUGCAUCAUAAGAAAACUGAUCGCAAAGAACUGAUCAACAUUUGCAAGAAAACAUACAUCAACGAUACUGAAGUGUUGAAUAUAAUCGACGAAUUCGAGAAGAAUUAUACCGCCAACGAAGCUGUUUGGUGGUACACUCGAGACGCUUGCUUUUAUCGAAUGAUAAACAAAGCUUUACGGAAUCAAGAUUUUGAUAUGUUAUUCACUUUUCGGUGUUUCAUCACUGAUAUCGCCAAACAAGUUCAGAAUGGCUAUGAAGAUUUCAUUCGAACGAAUGGUAGUCGCAGUCUGAUCAAAGUUUAUCGAGGACAAAUGAUCAGUAUGAAUGAAUUGGAAUUGAUGAAGAAUAACAUCGAUGGAUUUUUGUCAAUGAAUUCGUUUUUAUCGACGAGUCGAGAUCGAGCUGUUGCGAUUCAUUUCGCCCGCACUUCUCAAGGUCGAAGUAGAAUGCGAGCGAUUCUAUUCGAAAUUGAAAUCGAUCCAAAACUACGAACAAAAGCUUUUGCUGAUAUCAGCAAAAAGAGUGAUUAUCAAAGUGAACAUGAAGUAUUGAUUAUGCUUGGAGCUUUAUUUUGCAUUAAAAGUAUUACCGAAGAUGCUAAAGAUCAGAUGUUGGUGGUACGUGUGAGUUUAGCAAGUGAUGAUGAUUAUCAUCUGAAAGAGCUGUUUGCUCAUAUGAAAGGGAAGAUUGGUGAUGAUACAAAUCUUGAUACACUGGGUAAACUGUUGAUUCGGAUGGAUGAAAGUCAACAAGCAAGAAAAUGUUACCAACGAUUGGUGAGAGAAGCACAACUGGCGUUAGCUGAUGCUGAAUUAGGGCUCGGAUGGGCAUCGUUAAAAUGUCAUGAGUCAAAGGAUGGUCUGGAGCAUUUUCAGCAAGCAUUGGAAAUACGGCAACGACUUUUAGGAGAAAAUCAUCCCGACGUAGCUGAAAUCUUCAGUUUUCUUGGUGAAAGUUAUCGUUUGAUGGAUGAUUAUGAUCAAGCUUUGAUUUAUUUGAACAAGGCAAAAGAAAUUGAAGAAAAAACACUUCCCUCGAAUUCUCUGAAUUUGGCUGCGACAUAUGAUACUUUAGGUACAACCUACUGUGAAUUGGAUCAACAUGAUUUGGCAUUGAUUUAUUAUGAAAAAGUAUUGAAAAUUCGUCAAGCAGCUUUGCCAUCGAAUCACCCUCAAAUUGCUGCAAUUUAUGCACAUUUAGGAUAUUUAUUCAAAGAUAAAGGGGAUUAUUCCAAAGCUUUGAGUUACUAUAAAAAAUCAUUGGAGAUCGCACGAAAAGCUGUAUCACCGGGACAUUGUCUGGUUACUAAUGCGCAAGAUAAAAUCCGAGAAUUGAAAGAGAAAAUCAAAUAG